GCCGCUAGCUCUUCGGUCGAAUUGCACAUGCUCUCCGUGGCGUACCCACAAGACGAUCUAGCCUCACAUAUACUACCAGAGUAACGGUAUGAAGAAAUGACUAGGCAAAGGCUACCGUACCAAGUAGUUUUUGGUUGUCCACCCUUGACCUUGCUUGUCCCGCCAGAUUGAGCCGCCUAGCAAAUGACGUGGAACCUUCAAGUCUCCUCUCAUGCGAUGCCAUUAUCUCGCCGAUGCACGAAUCUGAGGCAAGCCCAGCGCGCGCCCAUUUACUAUUGAUCGAAACGCGUCUUCUCAACAAGUAUAUCAGCCUCCACGCUCCCGUGGGGUGGGCUCCUGCUAGCCAUUUCUCCUUCUCCUUUUCCCGUACCAUUGCCACAUCUCCCACUACUUUUAUAUUUUUCACGUAAUGGCGCCCUCAGCUCUAGCAGAUAUCUGCCCAAUCCCAGCAAGGCACUACACAAAGUCUUCGACCGUCGUAGCUUCGGUCUUGCAUGGGCCAAGGGAUUUGCGGUUGGAAACUCGAACAAUCUCAGAUCCUGCCGCCAAUGAACUCCAGAUCGCUAUCAAAGCCACCGGGCUGUGCGGCAGUGAUUGCUCAUACUACAGCAAGUUCCGGAACGGCGAUCUGCAGGCUUGUGAGCCUUUAUCGCUAGGCCAUGAGUCUGCUGGAGUUGUUGUGGCCAUCGGCAAUAAUGUCACUGGCUACCAGAUUGGCGACCGCGUUGCACUCGAGGUUGGUGUGCCGUGUGAUAACUGUAGGUCGUGCCAGAGGGGCCGCUAUAACCUAUGCCCUAAGAUGAGGUUCCGAAGUAGUGCCAAAUCUGUGCCUCACUUUCAGGGGACCCUUCAGGAACGCAUCAACCAUCCUGCAAAAUGGUGCCACAAACUCCCUUCACACGUGUCCAUGGAGUCGGCUGCGCUUUUGGAGCCUCUUUCGGUUGCGAUCCAUGCAACCAGGAGAGCUCAGAUUGAGCAGGGUGACACUGCAAUCGUCUUCGGCGCAGGUACCGUUGGUCUUCUGACUGCUGCCAUGGCCAAGGUGUCUGGUGCCACAACGGUUGUCAUUGCCGAUAUCGAUUAUGGACGCAUAAAUUAUGCUCUAGCGAACGGCUUCGCGAAUAAGGGUUACAUUGUGACUGCACAAGCACAAUCAACCGAAGGCGCGGGGCAGUUUUCUGCUGCAAAGGAGCUUGCUGCAGACAUUAUGCAGAUUGCGUCGCUGAACGAGAUUGACUUCGAAGGCGCCGAUGUGACUUUUGACUGCACCGGUAAGGAGGUGUGCAUGCAAGCCGGACUUUAUGCAACCAGACCCGGCGGCAAGCUGAUCAUGGUCGGCAUGGGCACACCAAUUCAAACUCUUCCCAUAUCAGCAUCACAUCUGAAAGAAGUUGACAUCAUCGGGAUUUUCCGAUACGCAAACACCUACCCAACAGGUAUCAAGAUCCUGUCCGCAGGUGUCCUCCCAAGCCUCGACAACAUGAUUACGCACAGAUAUCAUGGUCUUGCUUCAACCAAAGAGGCUUUCGAGCUCGCCGGAAAGACCAUGGACAAGGACGGCAACUUGGUCGUCAAAGUCCUUGUUGAGAUGUAAAUACGGCCGACCUGUAAUUGUGUACAUUCUUUCUUCAAGAACCAUUAUGGAUACUAGAGACUACUUGGAGGUGUAAUGGGAGUGCUACGUGUUGUAGCCGGGCGUUCACAGGAUAAUUUUUGGGAUUCUGUUCAAGACUGAGAUACCACUCGCUUCUUUUUUAGUACGCAUCCGGAGUAGAGUAUUUUGGGAUAUCAACUAGGGUAAAGUUUGACGAAGGAAAGCUUCCGGUCUGUACUGAGCUGGAGAAUAUGAUAAAUGAUAAUCGAUUUAGGAGUAAUGGAUAGAAUUGUGAAACUGUGAAGAGUUUAGUUGUAGUUAACAGAAUCGCG